AUGGUGUUACCUUAUUGUAUUCAUCUUCUCUUCAUUUCAUGGUUUCUUUCUGCUCAUAUGUUGGCUAUAGCACAAAGGUCCACUUACAUUGUCCAUAUGGACAAAACCUUAAUGCCAAAUGUCUUUGCUGAUCACCAUCAUUGGCAUUCUUCCACUAUUGAUUCCAUCAAAGCUUCUGUUCCUUCAUCAGUAGACAGAUUCCACUCUGCUCCAAAACUUGUUUACUCCUAUGACAAUGUGCUUCAUGGCUUCAGUGCUGUUUUGUCCCAAGAUGAACUAGCAGCUUUGAAGAAUUUACCAGGUUUCAUUUCAGCUUACAAAGAUAGAACUGUGGAACCUCAUACUACCCACACAUCUGAUUUCCUCAAACUCAAUCCAUCAUCUGGUCUAUGGCAAGCUUCUGGAUUAGGACAAGAUGUGAUUAUUGGAGUUUUUGACUCUGGCAUCUGGCCUGAAUCUGUAAGUUUCCAAGAUGAUGGUAUGCCUGAAAUCCCCAAAAGGUGGAAGGGAAUUUGCAAGCCAGGCACUCAGUUUAACACUUCAAUGUGCAACAAGAAACUCAUUGGGGCUAAUUACUUCAAUCAGGGUAUUUUGGCAAAUGAUCCCACAGUGAACAUUUCGAUGAAUUCUGCUAGGGAUACCGAUGGUCAUGGUACACAUGUAGCUUCAAUAGCUGCUGGGAAUUUUGCCAAAGGUGUUUCCCAUUUUGGAUAUGCACCAGGGACAGCUAGAGGGGUUGCACCACGAGCUAGGCUAGCUGUUUACAAGUUUAGUUUCAAAGAAGGUACCUUUACUUCAGAUUUAAUUGCAGCUAUGGACCAAGCUGUUGCGGAUGGUGUUGACAUGAUGUCCAUUUCAUUUGGGUCCCGUUUUGUUCCCAUGUAUGAAGAUGCUAUAUCAAUUGCUUCUUUUGGAGCUAUGAUGAAGGGAGUUCUUGUUUCAGCUUCAGCUGGAAAUCGAGGCCCGGAUACUGGAACUUUAAAGAACGGAUCUCCAUGGAUCUUGUGUGUGGCAUCAGGCCACACUGACCGGACAUUUGCAGGAACUUUGACACUGGGAAGUGGCUUAAAAAUUAGGGGGUGGAGCUUGUUUCCUGCAAGAGUCAUUGUUAUGCAUUCAACAGUGAUUUACAACAAAACUCUAUCUAAUUGCAAUUCCGAGGAACUGCUAUCACAAGUUCCUGAUCCCGAACGCACCAUCAUUAUAUGUGAUGAAAGCUGGGAAUUUUCUGAUCAAAUGCUCACUGUCAGUCGAGCAAGACUUAAAGCAGCCAUCUUUAUUUCUGAGGAUCCAGGAGUGUUCAGGUCUGCUUCAUUUCCCAACCCUGGAGUUGUGAUUAACAAAACUGAAGGGAAACAAGUGAUCAGUUAUGUACAAAAUAGCGUCGCUCCCACAGCCAGCAUCACAUUCCAAGAGACCUAUCUAGAUGCAAAGCCAGCACCAGUUGUUGCUGCAUCCUCCGCACGAGGACCCUCCAGAAGCUAUUUGGGAAUUGCAAAGCCAGAUAUUUUGGCACCAGGGGUGCUGAUUCUUGCAGCAUAUCCACCAAAUGUAUUUGCUACAAGUAUUGGGACGAACAUAGAAUUAUCCUCUGAUUACAUUCUUGAAUCAGGCACAUCGAUGGCUGCACCACAUGCUGCUGGAAUCGCAGCAAUGCUAAAAGCCGUGCAUCCUGAGUGGAGUCCUUCAGCUAUUCGCUCUGCCAUGAUGACCACGGCAGAUCCUUUGGAUAGCACUGGAAAACCAAUCAUAGACUCUGACAUUAACAGGGAAGCCACACCCCUAGCCAUGGGAUCAGGGCAUGUCAAUCCCAACAGAGCCCUUGACCCCGGCCUAGUAUAUGAUGCUACUCCACAAGAUUACGUAAAUCUCUUAUGCUCUAUGAAUUUCACAGAAGAGCAAUUCAAGACAAUUGCAAGAUCAUCAGCCAAUCACAACUGCUCAGAUCCAUCAGCUGAUCUCAAUUACCCAUCAUUCAUUGCAUUGUACAGCAAUGAGGGAAACUACACCUGGUUGGAGCAGAAAUUCAGGAGGACAGUCACAAAUGUUGGUCAAGGUGCAGCUACUUAUAAAGCUAAGAUAAAAGCUCCCAAGAACUCAAAAGUUUCAGUGUCACCGCAAACUUUGGUGUAUAAGAAUAAAAAUGAGAAGCAAAGUUAUACUUUAACAAUUCGUUAUAUAGGUCCCAAUUGGAACUAUGGGUCGAUAACUUGGGUUGAAGAGAACGGAAAUCAUACUGUUAGGAGCCCUAUAGUGAUAUCUCCCAUAAUUGAUCUCUGGUAA